AUGUACCAUCCAACCAACAUCAAGGUAUCUUCACCAAACUACGGCGAUACAACCGGCUCCAACAAUGCAGCUGGUGUUUCUAAGAGAACCUCUCCCAACGCGGAGGCUAUGUCGGUGGCCCAAGGCGACGUGGUCUCAGACAUAACAGAGCAACACAGGAGACCAUUCACCAUAUUUACCGCCAUCGGGCUCGGCUACUCGACUACCAAUACCGCUGCAGGAAUCCUCUUGACUGUCACCGCCACCCUACCGUUCGGGGGAGCUCCUAUGUUCUUCUGGGGUUUCCUCGCAAUCACACCCAUCGUCCUCUGUGUCGCGAUCACUCUGGGUGAAUUCGCUUCCAUGUGGCCACAUUCUGGCGGUCAGUAUGUUUGGGUAUCUCGUCUGGCCCCAGAAAACUCGCGCCGUUUUCUGUCCUACCUGACAGCCAUCAUUUCGUGGGCAUCUGCGGUAUGCAUCAGCGCGGCUUGUGCUCUAGCCUCAAGCAACACGCUGUUUUCGAUGGUAUCAUUCACCUACCCAGAGAUCGAGGCAAAACCAUGGCGGAUAUUUGUGAUGUUCCAAGUCUUAAAUGCGUUCGCCUUUGGUGCGAACUGCUUCGAAGCUUUGUUGCCAAUUCUCGCGCAGCUCUUCAUGCUUUUAACGGCUGUCAUAGCGGGUAUCAUCUUUGUUGCUUUGUUCGCGGCCGGCUCUCCCACCGUCACACCUCAUGAAUUCUUCCUCGAUUACAGGAACGUAUCAGGGUGGCCCGAUGGUGUUGCCUUCUUAAUCGGGAUUAACGGGCUGAACUGGUCCUUCUCCUGCCUGGAUGCGAUCACACAUCUUGCUGAUGAGAUUCCCAACCCCCGCAAAAACAUACCCAGAGCUCUUAUGUGGACGAUUAUUAUCGGUGCUAUUACAGGUCUCCUCAUCGUAAUUGCCCUUUUCGUGUGCGCGACCGACCUCGAGAACAACAACAACACGCUACUUAUCUUCUACAGCGUGAUCGACAGCAACAGACAAGCCGCACUUGGGUUACAAUCAUUGGUUUUUAUCACGGCCUAUAGUUCGCUCGUUGGGAUCCACACCUGGCAGUCUCGCAUCGCGUGGGCUUUGAGCAAAGAUUACGGUCUUCCAUUCUACUCCUACCUUUCUCGCAUUGCUCCAGCGCCGUUUGGAACACCUAUCUAUGCUCAUCUCUUUUCAGCCACUUGGACUGCUAUCUGUGGCUGUCUUUAUCUCGGCUCUCAAACAGCUUUCAGCUCCUUUGUUGCCGGAAGCAUUAUCCUGCAAUAUGCGACAUAUGCUCUUCCUGUUGGCCUCCUUCUCUGGCGUGGACGUAGCAGUGUAGCCCACGGCCCAUUCUGGUAUCCGAAACUAGGACUUUUCGCUAAUAUUGUUACCCUGGUCUGGUUCUCAAUAAUCCUGGUCUUUUAUUCUCUCCCCUACUUCCUGCCUGUCACCGCAAGCGAUAUGAAUUAUGUCUCAGCCGUGAUAUUUGGCGUUCUUGCAUACGCACUAGGCUACUGGUUACUGCACGGGCACAAGAAUUAUGUACUACCCGGGGCAGGGAAAAGCGAGCGUGAAGAUUCCGACAAUUGAUCUCGGCGACGUCCAAGCAAUCGCCUGGCGAAUAAGCCACCGUGGUCAAAUAGGUUGGGCAGUCAUAGAAUCAGCUACCAUUGCUGUGACGCGCUGUAGAGUAGUGUACCAGCAACUUUUGUAAACCAGUGGUUGUUAUAAAUUUCUUGCAUGCAGGCAUAGUAACAUGAUUCGAA